AGGGUUAAAGAAUAUAAAGACCACAUAUUAUUUGAAAACUUUCCUACUGCCAAAGAUACUAACACAGUCUUUUAUAAGAUCUUUGACAACGUGUUCUUUCCUCGUGUCGGCUGAGGCUAGUGAGGAGAAGACGUGAGAAUAAUAGUGUGCCAGGAUGGCGCCCAAAAGGAAUAAUAUGAUCCCUAAUGGGCAUUUUCAUAAGGAUUGGCAGCGAUUUGUGAAAACUUGGUUCAACCAACCAGCAAGAAAAAUCAGGCGUAGACAAAACAGAAUUAAGAAGGCAAAGGCUAUUGCUCCAAGGCCAGCAGCCGGUCCUUUGAGACCCGUUGUGCGAUGUCCUACGUUUAGGUAUCAUACUAAAUUACGUGCAGGUCGUGGUUUCACAUUGGAAGAAAUAAAGGGUGCUGGACUCAAUGCAAAUUUUGCAAGAUCGAUUGGGAUUGCUGUUGAUCAUCGUCGUAGGAACAAGUCAGUGGAAUCCUUGCAGCAGAAUGUUCAACGGCUGAAGGAGUACCGAUCUAAACUCAUACUAUUCCCUGUUCAUGAAAAUAAGCGACUAAGGAAGGGUGAAGCCACGGAGGAGGAGAGGAAGGUGGCUAGCCAACUGAAAACAACAGUGAUGCCAAUAAAGCAGCCAUCUGUGAAACCUAAAGCAAGGACUAUUACCGAAGAGGAUAAGAAGUUCUCUGCCUUUACAGCUCUGCGCAAGGCACGUGCUGAUGCUCGUUUGGUGGGUAUAAGAGCUAAACGGCUGAAGGAUGCUGCUGAGAAUCCAGAUGAUGUAAGCAAGGCAGGCAAGGAAGCAAAGAAGAAGAAGAAGUGAAAUUGAUGUUAACUGUGUAAUAUUUUCACAAAUAAAUGAUAAAGGGAAUGUGUUCUGUUACACCCUA